AUGGGUUUAUUUCGCCGUUUGAAGACGAGCGGGAAGAAGAAAAAAGGGCCAGCGAGCGACAAGCAAACCGAGGAGCCACCAGAGCAGUUAUUCUCGACAGCAGGCGCAUACGGACUCAAAACGGUAGCGGAAGGAGCGACUGAUACCGUAGAUAUCGUAUUCGUUCAUGGCCUCACUGGAAACCGCGAAACCACAUGGACGUACAAAAACUCCAUCUUUUGGCCCAAAGACCUGCUCGCGAAUGACCUCAAACACGUGCGCAUCUUCACGUUUGGCUAUGACGCAGAUGUGGUCAAGCUCCUCAACAUCGCGGGUGGAAACACCGUACGCGACCACGGCAAAUCUCUCGCGCAAGACCUCUCCUUGCGAAGAGCAGAAACGAACACAAGCAACCGUCCCGUAAUCUUUAUAGCCCAUAGCCUCGGCGGCCUCGUCGUCGAACAAGCCCUCCUAAUCUCCCGCGGCACGUCCCAACUGCACGUCAAAACGCUACUAACCUCCACCUUCGGCAUCGCCUUCAUGGGAACCCCCCACCUAGGCUCCCGCAAAGCAGACUGGGCCGCCCCACUGACCCGCCUCUCCUCUCUGGUCCUCAAAACCAACAAAGCCAUCGUCGCAGUCCUAGAACCAGCGUGA